AGGACGUGAGUGCAUGACGGGUUUGACACAACCCAAACGUGGCCCUUUCUCAACCCGGCGCCGCAAGGGAAAACCCUCGCGCCGCUUCGCUCGUUUCAAUUCCAAAAAAAAAGGAAAACCCUUUGCAGUCGGGGAACUCUCGCAUUCCACUAUUCCAGUCAUCGAGAGCGCGGCUGCGGCGGCGAGGGAAACAUCCUUUCUCGCAUCAUGGCCACCUCUACGGAGCCGGAGGGCGCGCCGCCCGCGGCUAAGGGGCCUAAAGGAGAGGCCAACACGAAGGGGAGCAACGAACAUAGAGAGGUCGGCGCAGGCAGCGGCGGCGGCUCGCAGAAGCGGAAGAGGAAGGAGGUCUUCAUCUACGGCAACUACAGGAACUACUAUGGCUACCGGAUUGAUCGCAAUGUUGGUGAAGAUCCUCGCCUUGAGGCGUUCAAGAAACAGUGGUUUGAAAAGAAGGAUUGUCUCGAUAUUGGAUGCAACCAGGGUUUGGUAACGAUUGGCUUAGCCAUGAAAUUUAAAUGUCAAAGCAUUCUUGGCGUUGAUAUUGAUUCAGGUUUAAUUGAGACUGCUAAGUGGAAUCUGCGAAGGAUAAUGCGGCAGGAUAAGGUGGCUACAAACAACGUCAAAGCUCAGAAAUCAUCGGAUUCUCCUCAGAGCUCUCCAGAAGAAUUGGCAUCUGAGUUAUCGAAUGGGAACAAGCACCAAGAUCUUUUUAAAAUUGUCUCUUUUCGACGUGAAAAUUUUGUAGCGAGUAUGGAUGGAUGUUCAGAACAGUAUGACACCAUACUAUGUUUGAGUGUGACAAAAUGGAUCCACCUGAACUGGGGCGACGAUGGCCUAGUUACGUUAUUUGUGAAGAUCUGGAGGCUUCUAAGACCGGGAGGUGUUUUUAUCAUGGAGCCUCAACCAUGGAGUUCAUACAAGAGAAACAGAUUAGUUUCAGAGGUCGCCAGAAAUAACUUCAACACCAUCUGUAUAUACCCAGGGACAUUUCGCGAGAUUCUUCUAGACAAGGUUGGAUUUAGGUCGGUGGAGUUGCUUGCCGAAAGAUUAGUGGGCACCGUCAGUGGUUUCGAUCGUCCAAUAGAAGUUUACCACAAGUGAUGAAACUGGAUUAAGGAUUGUGGCAUGCCUGCCCAAUUGCACACUCACCUGACCAAAUUAUUGUGUUGAGCUUUGAAAUGCUCACUGCCUGACUAGGUACAAGUACAACAAUGAAGCAAGUAUGGUGCUGGACUUGCGUUUGUAAAACAGAAUAUCAGAUGGCGAAGGAUCAAGAUGGAAGAAGAGGUGGUAGGAUGUUGUGUUCUCUAGAUGGAAGUGCUGGGAAUUUUGUUAAUGGGUCUGUUUUUGUAUAAAAUGGAUAAUGGAUACCGUACCCUGAAAGGGAAAGAGUCCUUCAUGAGUAUCAUUUUGCCUGCUAUGGAUAUCAUGAUUUCUCUUGCUUAUUGUUUGCCACUCCCCAUUUUCAAAACUGUAAGUCAUUUUGGCUUUUGUAGAUACAUAAUUUUCCAUGUUGA